GCAUUGGUGGCAAUUAUGAUGAAAUGGGUUAAUAGACCCUUGGGGACAUCGCUGACUGUAACAGUCAUCCUGGUUCCAAAAAGGAAGCCUGUUAUGUCUGGGGACCAUAGAACUGUUAUUAAAGGUGCUCCUAGUCAAUAUGUAAAGCUUAAUGUUGGUGGCUCAUUGCAUUACACAACAAUUGGAACAUUAACCAAACAUGAUAGCAUGCUACGGGCCAUGUUUAGUGGUCGCAUGGAAGUGCUGACUGAUUCUGAAGGCUGGAUUUUGAUUGAUCGCUGUGGUCGGCAUUUUGGUACUAUACUAAGUUUUCUUCGUGAUGGGUCUGUGCCCUUGCCCGAAUCCACUAGAGAAAUAGCUGAACUUUUAGCUGAAGCAAAAUAUUAUUUAAUUCAGGAACUGUGUGAAUGUUGUGAAUCUGCUCUAAGGAAGAGGGAGAUGGAACUUGAACCUAUAUGCAGGGUUCCUUUGAUAACUUCUACGAAAGAAGAACAAAUGCUCAUUAGUUCAUCUACUAAACCUGUCGUGAAGUUACUUAUCAAUCGUCAUAAUAAUAAAUACUCUUACACAAGUACAUCUGAUGAUAAUUUGCUGAAAAAUGUUGAAUUGUUUGACAAGUUGUCUCUCCGAUUCAGUGGACGUGUGUUAUUUAUAAAGGAUGUCAUUGGAAGUAAUGAAAUUUGCUGUUGGUCAUUUUAUGGGCAUGGAAGAAAAGUUGCUGAAGUUUGUUGCACAUCAAUUGUAUAUGCCACAGACAAAAAACAUACCAAGGUUGAAUUUCCAGAAGCAAGAAUAUAUGAAGAAACACUAAAUAUAUUAUUGUAUGAAAACAGAAAUGGUCCUGACAUGGAUCUUAUGCAGGCAACUAGCACACGUGGUGCUGUCGCCAUGGGAACAACUUAUACAAGUGAUGAUGAAGAUGAAAGACGCACUCCUGGUUCUUCUUCUAGAGAAAGUAGAGACAGUUGCCAUUUAAAUCGAAUACGCAACACCAAACAGACAAGUUAAUGAUAACUGGAAAACAUUUUUUGCUUAUACCUCUUAAUACAUUGGUUCCAUUUUUUUAGUCAUUUCUGUUAUGAUAUUUGAAAUUAAUCUGUAUAUUUUAUUUUCUUAUUGUAAAUUGGCUGAUUUUUGUUAUAAUAUGAAGCUUUUCAUUAAAAGUCACUAAAAGUAA